GGCAUCAAGUAAAGAGCGGAUAGGUGGCAGUCGCAUAACAAUCUAUGGGGAAAUAGCCUCGAGUUUUUGUCACCCUCAAGGGUACACAAUCGGCACCUUGUUGUUGACUUCUCUUGACAGACACUAAUAUGCAUUAUAAAGACACGUAGAUACUUGAACGUAGUAUUUGUGCAACUUAGUUUUGCAGAAUUAAUGCUACAAGAAGGAGCCCCGUAUCAACUUGUUAAAUAAUUUAGAUGAUCGCCAUCACUUGCAAACACCGAAAGAUGCUUUCCUAUCUAUGGGUAUUUCACGCCCUACUGAUCAGCAUCUCAGCGCAAGGUGGGGGUUUAAAGCCAGGGGUCAAGGUAAUAGACCCUGCGAUCGUGACCCUGUACUCGUGCGACACAAGCGACAUCUAUGACAGUAGCACGUGGCUACUUGUAUACCCGUACGGCAUGGGCCAAGUUGAAGUGAACAACACCAUAAGUAGCAGACAGGCUGGGGGGUUGAUGCAUAAAAUUAACACCAUACAUGAAAUUGGCAACUACCUUUUUAUGUUAGCCUCUGUUGCGGAACUGGAGGACAUCUUUGAAUACAUGAACGAAUCCCAAGAAACACAAACUAUAGAGAGAGUAACGAGACCCGAGGCAGAAGAAUUUAUACCAGAUCCUAACCUUGUGGAAUCUCUGAUCAACUAUACAUUUUCAAAUGAUAACUUCACUCUCAGUGGAUCAGCUGUCAACGUGUCAGAAUCCCCUGAACUGAGCGGAACUGUUCCAGGUGUUGGAGCUCACAACUUUGUACCGGAAGGAGAAAAAGUGCUGGUUUUUACGGGACAGAACGUGUGGAAGUGCGCUGGCCACAGGUACAGUGACAGUGAGGGCAAUGAGCACGUGACGUACUAUCUUGUGAUACCAAGUGACCAGAGUCAAGGUGCUAGUGAGGGUGACAUCUUGGUGGGCUCUGAAAGCAGGGGAUUUCUGGAAACUGUGACCAACAUCGACCAAAUAGGUGGGAACUUCUUUGUGCAUUCCGAUCUACUAUUUUGUGGAGACCUGGAGGAAAAUGCAAUAGAACUCACUGUCACCGAUAUCGACAUGCCAGAAUCUGCAAUGUUUUGUCAAGGCGGUGACGGGAUGCCAGGACUUCACGUAAAUAAUCAAUCAGCUGCCGUCAAUAACGGUGACAUCAUUGCCGGAAGGCCAUCUGGCGCAUAUGCUGCAAAGGCAAUCAGAUGCAACGUAUCGGGUAUCUAUACUGUUUGUGAAGUGACGCCCAUUUUGGAAAUUGGCAACAAUGAAACAAUAUUAGCCAGCUCCAACCUUCCAACAGCAAAGGGUAACCGAGUAAAAAGAGGGACCUACACCUUUACACCCGCUGAUUUCACCAAAGUCUUUUCAGCUACUCUGGGACAAAUCAAGUUUCCCUGCGGGAAGUUUACUGCGACUGCCGCAGCGACGUUUAAGGCAUCAUUGACUACCAGUCUGACUACGAAGUGGUCUGCUCCUUUUAUUAAAAGGGUCCGUGCUGCAGUCUCUGCCUCUUUGACGUUAACUUUAACGUUGAGACUUGACAUUGCAUGCAGUUAUACAUUAUCGGGCCCUGACAACCCGAAGUAUAACCAUCCGAUCGACAACAAAGUCAUCGUACCAUUCUGUAUACCUAUAUUUUGGGGUAUAUGCAUUCCUGCUGCCGUUGUUGCCGAUUUGACUGUGGGAUACACGUUCACUGCUCAGGCCAAAGGAUUUGUGUCACUUACAUUGGAACGCACAGGCAGUCUCAGCGCCUCUGCCCAGUGGGAUGACUCUAGUGGCAUGUCUUUCUCUGGUCCAACAUUUUCGUUGACCCCGAUGACCAAAAACUUCAAUGGUGGGUUGGAGAAAGACGAGACGUUUGUCCGAGCACAACUUACGAUAACCCCAGCGUUGAAAGUACAUGUUCCAAACAUGGCUAAAAUUGAGCGCAUCAUACGAGCCGCAUCUUGGUGGAUCAGAUGGUGGUUGAAAGAUCUGUUUGGGGAAGGAGCAUCAAUAACACCACUAAUUGGCAGAGCAGAGGCCGUUGCAUGCCCUAGUGACUGCGAGAAUUACCCUAAGGAAAAUAUUAAAGUGGCAGCUCACGCGGGACUUCCCGAGACUUACGACGGAGACCUGUACAUCCGGGUACCAUUGACAAAUUUAGAAAAACAUUGGAACCUGUUUAGCGUUGAGGGAAACCAAUUUGACAAGAGUAAGUGCCUGGAGUGGAAUCCCUUUCCGCCAUGUGUUGGGACGACGACACCAGCCAUAACUACCACAACACUUGAUGACACCCCUUAUAAGACAACUCCCCUAUCACCUACUGCUAUAACAAACGGUACCACACCCACUGCUAUAGCAACCACUCCCACACCCAGUGAUAUAAUAAACACUACCACACCCAGUGAUAUAACAAACACUACCACACCCACUGAUAUCACAAACACUACCACACCCAUGAAUAUAACAACCACUCCCACACCCACUGCUAUAACAAAUACUUCCACACCCAGUGAUAUAACAAACACUUCCGCACCCAUUGAUAUAACAAACUCUUCCGCACCCAUUGAUAAAACAAACACUACCACACCUGUCGAUGGACCACCAAGCACGGCGUCAUCAAUACUCGAAGGUGACCCUCACUUGAUUACUUUUGACGGGGCUUGGCUUACCUAUAACGGGACUUGCCGUUAUCUUUUAACAGGGCUGUGUCCCAUUUACAAGGUAGGACUUCCUCCCUUCCUCCUCCUUCUAGUACUUUGCCACCUUCCGUUUCACUAUCUUGCUCCUUCUAUGUGUUUUGUAUUAUUAUUUUAUUUUAAUAUUCUUUUUUUUAAUAUUGACAUCCCAUUUUUUUUUUGCUGUUCGGUGAUUUAUUUGCAGGAUUUGCUGUCUGUUGAUAACGAGACAAGAGCUGAUAUUGGAGAAACAUGUUUUUUUUUUGACGUUCUAAAUAUCACAUAG